GUAAGGCGUUAGAGUUUCCAUUAUCUGUGACAGUUGUGACUUGCAUAUUGGGUAUGCUUAUCGUAUCUUAAGUGUAUGCUUUGACAUUUAUUUUUAAAAAUGCAAUGUUAUUGUACUGUGAAAUUCAGUGACGUGAGUUAUUUCAUUACAGAAGUGGAGAAAAGAUGGUGGGAAGUUCCUUAUCUGAGGUGACAACGAAACCAAAAUAUAGUGAUCCCUGGUGGAUGUGAAGCGGAUCCUGGCAGCAGGUCGAGUUAAUGUUAACUGUAAAAAUGCACUGAAGUGGACACCGGUGAUGUUGGGAGCACGGCGGGGACAUAGAGAAGUGGUAGAGUUCCUUAUAAGUAAAGGAGCUGAUGUGUCGCUGGUGGACGUUCACGGAAACAACUUCCUUCACUGGGCUUGUUGCGGAGGAGACGUUGAGAUGGUGAAGUUUAUCCUUUCACAGAAGAUGGCGGAUAUCAAUAGCAGAGGAGUGUCGAACAUGACACCGGUGAUGUGGGCAGCAUACAGGGGACACAGUGAAGUUGUAGAGUUUCUUAUGUGUGAAGGAGCUGAUGUGUCACUUGUGGACGUUAACGGUAACAACAUCCUUCACUGGGCCUGUGAGGGAGGGGAUGCGCAGAUUGUGAAGUUUGUGCUGUCACUGGACAAGAUGGACAUAGAUGCCAGGAAUGAGAAGGGCCAGACAGCGGCCGAUUUUGCUAGACUCUGGGGACAUCAUAAGGUGGUGGACGUCCUGGUAUCCCGUUGCGCUCAGUGAAGUAAGUUCUGUGUAUGAGUAGGCACUGAGCUGAAAGGGCACAUGGCAACAGACAUUGACGUUGUGGGUGCUGUUUCAUAUUUCAGAGUGAAGGCGACAAUAUAUAUCUCUUUCUCGCUCUAUCGCUUUCUCGCUCUAUCGCUUUCUCGCUCUAUCACUUUCUCGCUUUCUCCAGGUUAAGCAUUAUCCGCUCUUGACCUCUAUAGGGGCCGCAUAUGGUAUUUGCUCCAAUUGGGAGGGAAUGUUGAACGUUUCUCACUGUUUACUUAAACAUAAUUUAACUGUACAUAUGCAGUUAAUUUUAAAACAAUCCACAGAUUUUUGCGUAAAAUGUAAUUGAUUGAUUUAUGACCCUAUUCAGUUGUAUGAAUGUGGCAGAUCAUGGCAAUACGCUCUAAAUAAAUCUGGUUAAAAUCUAAAUAUAUACUUUUCAAAAGAAGUUAAGAAGACUAUGGUUCAUUAGGCAUGGCUGAUUAUUUGCAAAAAUACAAUCUUAUAAUUUUGGGUGUUCUAUAACUUGUUUUCGGUAGUAUACGAUGUUACAGUGUGUCAUACUGUUGUCCAUAAAUAUUCGUUUUGACAUUUGAUGUAUGUUUAACUUGAAUUGUGUUUCAUGUCUUGUGCAAAUCUACAAUUAUAUGAACUUGCAUAUAGUAAUUUGAUAAACACCGCUGUGAGUGAGUGAGUGAGAAUGGUUUCACGUCGCUUUUAACAAUCAUCCAGUAAUAUCACGGGGGACACCAGAAAUGGG